CCAACUUUUCAGUUAAAGAAUAUUGACAGGGCAUUCCAGAACUAAUUCAGGCUGCACUUCAGAGAUGAGAACAAGAGACAGGUGUAACCAGGUAGGAAAAAAGCCCACAAUGCUACUGAAGCUUUUGCUCAUCUAUCAUGCGGUAGGACUGGCAAAGUUGGUCAGGCACUCUGACCAUCAUGGGCAUCGUGAGGGUCCCAUGCACAGCUCAAAGCCACAAAAUUACGAGACCUCUGCGUACCCUCAGAGGACUCCUCUCUCACGUGAGGAAGAAGGUUACUGGGAGGCAGAAGGGCGCAGGGAGGAUGCAAGAGACUACCCUUCAAGCAUCUCCUCCUCACAUCAGGAAGAAAGAGAGGAUUUUGAAGCUGCAAGCCCACAGUCCCCAAAUGGGAACUGGUGUUCCUUCAUGCAGUCCCGCCUAGUAACACACAUAGAAGCCUGCAUGAAAGAGAAGUACAUCGUCAACUCCCAGCAGCCCUGUCCAAACGGAGCUCCAGACUGCCAGAAGAUCAUGUACAGGACAGCCCUGAAGCCCAUCUAUCAAGUCAAACAGAAGGUUUUGAAAUCUUUGCAGUGGAAGUGCUGCCCUGGAUUUAUUGGCAAGGACUGUGAACAACGUGAUCCCAAUUUCAUUCCAGUGCCAGGAAAUGAAACUGAAGGAUGGGAAGAGGAGUUCUCAAACCACAUGUCAACAUCAGUGGAUUCAAGAGAACUGUUGGAAGUCAUUCAAAAUCAGGAGGCAUUACUGGAUGAUCUUCAAAGUGAUAUUCAUCAAGCAGUCAGCAACUUAGGUGAUUUACAGAGAAUAUUUGAAAACAACGGUACAAGCAUGGUGUUAGAAGUGAACCAGAGCAAUGCAGAUUUACAGGAAAGGCUUCUGCAGCAAGUUUUGUUUCCCCAUGUGGAGAAUUUUCUUAGGAAAUAUUUUAACCCAAUGUGGGCAAGCUUCAACAGAAGUUUACAGAACCUCUCCAACAUAGUGGGAAACCUGUCCCACGAUGUGGAAGUCAACAAGAAAAGCAUAGAAAGAUUUCAAGAAAGCACUGUACCUAAGAGGGAAUUCCAGGAGCUAGGAACUAAGUUUGAAUCUAAAGUCCAGGAAAAUGUGGUGAAAGCUGAUCACAUGAAAAGGGAUAUAGAAAAUCAAUUGCAAAUGCAGCAGGCUAGUAUUCACUAUAACCUCACCAUGAUCAAGGCAGAUACUGACACAAAGCUCAAGAAGUAUCACAAGAUACAGCAAUCACAUUUCUUAGCUUUGAACAACAGCUUAACAAACAUGAAACACGAGCAAAACAAACUUGAAAAUAAAUUUGAGACUUUGAAAAAAAAUUUAUCAGAACUCUCCUCACAUCAUGGUCCCAAAGAUGAAACCACCCAGUUAGCCAUCAGACAAAUAAAUGACAUGCUGUCAGGGCAUGGAAAACAGCUUAAAGAACUUUACAUGGAGUCAGAUGUGGCCUUUCAGAAUAUAGCAGUUUUAGAGAGAUGGUUUAAGGAGUUAAAAAAAAAUAUCUCAAAGUAUAGGCCUGAAGAUCUAACAAUAACUUUAAUGGAGAAAUCACUUCUUAUUGAAGAAAACAAAGCAGCAGUGGAAAGGCAGAUAUCAGAGCUGAACUAUACUCUCUCAAAUCUUCGGGAAAAUUAUUCAGAUCUGUUGAGGUACAUGGAGGAAUGCAAUUGCCAGAAGAUAUCUUCUGACAGUGAUAUACUCGAGGAAGAUUUCAAGAAUAUCACUUACUCCCUUGAAGGCACGCAAUCAAACUUAAAGGAUAUGAAGCAGUUAGAAUCUGUUUUCAAAGAUCUCUUGAGGAAUGAAAUUGAAAAGCUCUCCUCAGCUUUUCCAUCUAUCCAUCAGUCCCUUAACCUCCGUCAAGAAGAAAACAGACAGCUUCAGUCACAAGUUACAUCUUUGUCAGAAGACAUAGGCCUCUUGAAGAAGAAAGAUGAAGAAAUUCAUAGACACAUCAAGUAUCUCAACAGUUCUUUUGGUUCUCUUUUAGAAGAUGCCAUGCGGCACAAAGUAGCACUGGAGGCUUUACUGGGAGAAGAGUUCAUGGAAUUGUUGUUUGAAGAAGAUCCUACUACCCUAGUAACAUCAGUGGUUCAGCUGCAAGAAUCUCUCAGAAAGAUCUCAGAUAAACUCCAAGAACAAAAUAUGACCUUAGAAUCUCUUGUAAAGAGAUUUCAUCUCUUGGAGAGAGGUCAACGGAGUACUCAUGAUGCUCGUGUAUCUUCAAAGCAUUCCAGACAGGAAACUCAAACACCCUCUGCACUGGAUGACGUUAGUCAGCGCAGCAAUGUAGAGCAUAUGGAACCUAAUUAUGAGGCUUCCCAAGAUGACUCCUUGGAUAGCUCAGCAUAUAAUGACAUCAUGACUCUCAAGAAUGACAUCAAACAUCUGAGCCUGGCAAUCAAGAGGCAUGAAGCCACAAAUUACAUGAAUAUCUGCUGCAAUCAUAUAAUAACAAAUGUGGUGGAGCCACUGAACGUUUCUGUGGAAGUUCUCUCAGGAGAUUUAGCAACCAUCAAAGAGAAGCUGGAGGAACAUCUGCUGAUUUUCAAAAAGCUAUUUGGAAGCAAUGAAGAAUUAGUUGCCACCAAUAUAAGCCUGGAUGUUGCAAAGAUUCAGUCAAUGCUGACCAGAAAAGUGAGAAGGCAACAGAAAGGUCAAGACAAGCAAAGAGACAAAAAGAAGCCUGAGAAGCACAGAGAAAAUACACAGAUAGUAAGUGGAAGAAAUACAGUGCAGACAGAACUUCUGGAAAAAGACUCAUCGGUGGCAUUCCAUGUAGGAUUCUCAGACCGAAAGGAUAAAGAAAGAACUCUGAGAUUUAAUGAAACAUACCUCAAUUACGGACAGAGCUAUUUCCCUGAACACGGCUACUUUAAAGCACCACACAAAGGUGUCUACUUCUUUGUCAUCUCUGUGGAGUUUAGUUCAGGACCGGCACUAGGACAACUCUCUUUUAGCCGUGGAUACAAAAGAACUCUCUCAAGUAGUCAAAGGAAAACACCAACUGGAAAUACUAUGACUACUUUUGCUAUGGCAGAAAUGGAGAAAGGGGAGAAAGUAUGGUUUGAAUUGCUGCAGGGCUCUGUGGUAAAACGGAGUCCACCUGGGACAACAAUGGGUGGAUUCCUACUAUUUAAAACUUGAACAGUGACAUUUUGUUUUACUGAUAUCUUUUCCAUAGAUGCAAUGGAUCAAUUCACUAUUGCUUCAUCUGUGAUGUAUUCAAUCCUACUGCAUGUGUUUAAACAUAGCACUACUCUAGAUUUGUCUUCAAGCUUCUUUUCUGGAAGUGUUUGGCUUUG